AUGACUCGCGGACGCAAGAAGGACCACACGAUCCCAUUGACUCGCUCGUUGGCUCAACAGCGCGACUACCGUGCUCGCAGAGCGCAAUACAUCGCCGACCUUGAGAAGAAGUGCCGGCUUCUUGAAAUGGAGAAUCACGACCUCCGACAAGAGUUGAGGUAUUUGAGCGUACCCAGUCCAUAUGUCAACCGAGCAUCUAGGCAUGUCCUGUCUCCUGUGGUAGACCAGGAGCGGUCCAAGGCUGCGGCCGCUUUCUCAGACGCGGCAUAG